UUUUUUUCUUCUUUCUCUAUCUCUCUCAUUUUUUUUUAUUUUUUAUUUUAUUUCUUUUAUUUGAAUACAUGUGAAUGAACCAGGAUUACAAAGAAACCGCAAAGAACAUAUAUAAAGAAUACCGACAGGUCUUAUCGAAAGUUGGUGAAGCUUCAGCUAAUGCGCAGUAUAUUCACGCUCAAUCGAACUGGGUCUUUCUAUUACUGGUCGACUAUUUCCAACUUCACUCAUUAGUAGUUUCUAGUACCACGGAUACGGACCGAAUUCCAGUAACUCUUCGAUCUUCCAUACAACUUUUAUCCAAUGAAUCGUUUUUACAUGAUCAAGGUGAAAUGAUAGCAGAUACUUUGGACCUCUUUGACUUGUUGGAAAGCGAAAUAUCUCCUUUGCCUAGACAAUCAAUUGAUUUGCGAAAUAUCUUUCAAGGAUUUAUCUAUCUUCCUACACGUUGUCAAGUGAUUAAAUGUAUGAUACGAUAUAGGCCACUUGAUUUCGAUAUGAUUAUGGAUUACCUUUUGAAAAGUAUUCACUACCUAUCGACAAAGCACAUUCUAUAUCUCAGUGAUACUGUUUAUGCAAUGAUAGAGGAACAACCUGAUCAAGCACAUCGUAUUCGAUAUCAAUUGACAGAAUUACGGAUUUUACCCAGCCUUACUAUACGAUUAACAGUGACAUUCUGUAACGAUGACUACGCGGACUUCCUGAAUGGUGUCUUUAAUUCUCAGCCUUCUUGGUUUUUACAACAAUCUUCUACCAACGCAGCUUCGUUUACGAAAAUCAAGUCGAAUAUACUGAAGGAAUUAUCCAAUUAUACCGUGAUUAUAUCAUCUGAAAACAAGGAACAGCAAACUGUCUCAAUGACUCAUUUGGCGAACAUCACUGCUAUUAUUAGGGCACUUAGUGGGUUAGUGGCAUUUUUUGGUGUAAAACUAACUGAUCAAGAAAUUCAGCAAUGUCUGACAUUAUUAGGUCAAGCGUCAUCUGAAAAAUUGGUCAAGUUACUCCUCUGUUUAGUAUUGAUUUCAGCAGAUCAAAUGAUGAGACACCAGAAACAAUUGACUUCAACGAUGAUUCAACUGAUACAAAAUGGUAAUUCUGAAAUGCCUCUCUUGCUAAUGGCAUACUUCCAAACUGAUGAAAUUGGCCAAAUUGAAGAGAUGAUGAGAACUAUCUUGCAAAUGCAAGUUCCUAUACCGAAAAUUGGAUUAUUCGAAAUGCAAAAGUUAUUCAAGACAAUCGACUCUUAUAUAGUAUAGUAGAACAAAAGGUUUAGAAUUUGAAUAAAAACUUUCCAAAACUGGAUUUUUGAAAUACUCAACGAUGAUCUCUUUUGAUUGGUUUGAAAUGUGAACCGAACGCAGUUUAAAAAAAA